AUGUCUGCUGUUGGUAAACCAAUCACUUGUACUGCUGCUAUUGCUUAUGAGGCUAAUAAGCCAUUAACUGUCACUGAAAUCGUUGUUGACCCACCAAAGGCUCACGAAGUAAGAAUCAAAAUAGUUAAGACUGCUGUGUGCCAUACUGAUGCUUAUUCUUUAUCUGGGGUCGAUCCAGAAGGUCUUUUUCCAUGUGUUUUAGGUCAUGAAGGUUCUGGUAUUGUCGAAUCUAUUGGUGCUGAUGUCACUAAUGUCAAGGUCGGUGACCAUGUUAUUGCAUUGUACACCGCUGAAUGUGGCAAAUGUAAAUUUUGUUUGUCUGGUAAAACUAACUUAUGUGGUUCUGUUAGAGCUACUCAAGGUAAAGGUGUCAUGCCAGAUGGCACUACUAGAUUCCACGACAAAGAUGGUAAACCAAUUUACCACUUCAUGGGUUGUUCCACUUUUUCGCAAUACACUGUUGUUGCUGAUGUUUCACUUGUUGCUUUCGACAAAUCUGUUUCCUUCGAACCAACCGCUUUGCUAGGUUGCGGUGUUACUACCGGCUAUGGUGCUGCCAUUAAAACUGCUAACAUUCAAAAAGGUGACACUGUUGCCGUUUUCGGUGCUGGUACAGUUGGUCUAUCUGUGGUUCAAGGUGCUAAGUCUAGAGGCGCUUCCAAAAUCAUCGUUGUAGACUUAAAUAACGAUAAGAAAGAUUGGUCAUUUGAGUUUGGCGCUACUGACUUCGUUAAUCCGAAAGAAUUGAAAGAUAGCGAGGACAUCGUAUCCAAGUUAAUCGAAAUGACCGACGGUGGUUUAGAUUUCACCUUCGACUGUACCGGUAACGUCAAUGUAAUGAGAAACGCAUUGGAAGCUUGUCACAAGGGUUGGGGUCAAUCUAUCAUCAUUGGUGUUGCUGCCGCUGGUCAAGAAAUAGCUACUAGACCAUUCCAAUUGGUUACUGGAAGAGUAUGGAGAGGUUCCGCUUUUGGUGGUAUUAAAGGUAGAUCCGAAAUGGGUGGUCUAAUUAAGGAUUAUCAAAGUGGUACUCUAAAGGUUGAUGAAUUCAUCACCGGUAGAAGACCUUUUACUGAAAUCAAUGCUGCUUUUGAAGACUUACACAAUGGUAGUUGCCUAAGAACAGUUUUGGACACUUCAACAUAA